AUGGACUCGCAGCUUCAGACGUGUUCAGCUGGAACCGGGAGUUUGUGGAGACUCAGGAUCUGCCGUGAAACACAACAGCAGUUUUAAAUAUGCUCCUCUCAGUAAUCCGCCUUAAUAAGUGACGCGCUUCCACCGGGGUUGUUUGGCUGUAAAUUACAAUGGGAACCUUGUUUGCCAUUGUCCUGGUUUUUGUCGGAUGUUGCAGCAAUGUGGUUUCUCUGGAGCUGCUGGUGAGAGAGUUUCCAGGAUGUGGCAACCUAGUGACCUUUGCUCAGUUUCUCUUCAUCGCCCUAGAAGGUUUCGUCUUUGAAACCAAAUUUGGGAGGAAGAAAGCAGCAAUCCCCCUCAGUAACUAUGUGAUCAUGGUGACCAUGUUCUUCACGGUCAGCGUGGUCAACAACUACGCUCUCAACUUCAACAUCGCCAUGCCGCUACACAUGAUCUUCAGAUCGGGAUCACUAAUCGCUAACAUGGUUCUAGGCAUAAUUAUCCUGAAGAAGAGGUAUUCAACCAGCAAGUACCUGUCUAUAGGUUUAGUUUCUGCUGGCAUCUUCAUCUGCACCAUCAUGUCUGCCCAGCAAGUGAACGUGUCCGAGGGAUCAGAGGAGCAAAGCGUUUAUGCUUUUAUGCACUGGCUUAUAGGCAUCUCCAUGUUGACGUUUGCUCUGCUGAUGUCUGCGAGGAUGGGCAUCUUCCAGGAGAUGCUUUACAAGCAGUAUGGGAAAUACCCCAAAGAGGCUCUCUUCUAUAAUCACUGUAUGCCUCUGCCGGGUUUCCUGCUUCUCUCCACAGACAUCUACAACCACUGCAUCCACUUUAAUCAGAGCACUCCUGUUACUCUUCCUGUAGUUGGACUGACUUUGCCAAUAUUGUGGGUCUACCUCUUAAUCAACGUUGUCACACAAUAUGUUUGCAUCCGCGGCGUGUUCAUCCUGACCACAGAGUGCACCUCGCUGACCGUCACCCUGGUGGUGACCCUCAGAAAGUUCCUCAGCCUCAUCUUCUCCAUCCUUUACUUCCAAAACCCCUUCACCGCCUGGCACUGGGUGGGCACCGCCGUGGUCUUCGUGGGCACCCUGAUUUACACUGAGGUGUGGAGCAGCGUCCAGGCGGCGCUGCGCGGAGCCGGCGCGAAGGAGAAGAGGACAGAGUGAUGGAUUAGACUCUUCUGGUGGACCAGAGAAUCUGCCUUUGUGUUGGACGUAGAGAUUUAUUUUUUUUAAUGAUCCUGCAGUGGUUUUAUAAAGGUGAUUUUUGUUUUCAUACUCCAUAACCAUUUAUCCCACUUUCACAAAUACAAAUAGCUGACUGUGGAUCUGAUCAAAAGACCAAAACAGAGAGCAGCAUUAUUGUGUGUUCAUGCGUUUGAAUACAAAAUAACUUUUAACUUGUAGAAUCAUGUAUGACGUUGCUCAGAUGUUGUUUUUAGUGCACAUGCCACACAUGCCCUACUCCGACUGGUACUUUUCUCACUUAUUUCACUUCCACAAUGUGAUCAGUGAUCUUUAGAGACUUUUUAAAUGUGUUUUACUUGUUAAAUGAUUGUAAUAAUGCCUAAGUUCUCAAGUCAGAAGGAGUUUGGUUCAAUAGGACCCCCUUUUUGACCACUUUGACCCAGGUGCUUGUGCUGGGCUCCUAGAGCCGGGUCAGAUCUGGUUCACAAUAGAAAUGUUUUAGGAGCCGUUUUGCUUUUAGAUUUACACAACGCCACCACAGAACCACAUCAUUACACCCUUUUCACUGUUGGACCUCUGUUUUGUGUACUCUGAACUUUUGAGGACCACAGUUCAUGAAGGACAAAUCAUAGUUUUUUUUAAUUUCAAAAUCAUGUCUUAGUAUUGCCAGUGUGCAUUUAUAAGGAUUGUCUUAAGUAGUAGUUGCCAUAUUUGAACUCUCUUUGCCAUGCCAACAUUUUUAAAUGCAGACUGGCAUUUAUGGGAAGCAUCUUCUGUUAUCUUUUUUUUUUUUUCCUUUCCAUGGGCUUGGGUGGUGAAUCGUUUUCCUCUGUGAUGUUUAAAUAUUUAUUAGAUGCCCCAGCUGUUGAUGAUCAUCAUCAGUUUUACAUGUAGCUCAGCAAUGGACUUAAUAUGUUCAUAAUUAAGGAACAGUAAAUGUUAUCUCGUGCAAUAUUUAGACCAUCUGCUGUCUCAGGUGUGUUAGACCUCGAUUUGUCAAGUUCAUCAAUAAAAUCUUUACACUCCAUGUCAAAA